GCAAGAGCGCUCACCCAAACCCGAUUCUGACCCGACUCUAGUCAGACUGACCCUCGAUGGAAACGUAGUCGCGUAAAACACGUAAAACUCUGGUAGUAUUUACUGAAAUGCCGUUGCUACUUACUGCCCGUGAAAAGUGAGUUCAACUCGGUGAAGCCCCAGGUUUCUCUCUGACCGUAGGCCGGUACUCGUAGUCGGAGUUCGCACUUGUAUUCAAGACCGUCUUGAAUUUAUCUGAAGUUGCUGUAUGGAAUAUUUCACAAGACCCGACUACGAGUACCGGCCAGAAUUUGCCAGGAGGUGCUGCGCUCUACCGGCGAGUCGCCGAACAGCUUGCCGUCGGCGCGCGCGACGCUUCAAUAUGGCCGAAGGCGAAGCCACAGUGGGCUCGCGGUCAUAAAUUUUAAUAUUUUUCGGAGGACAUUCGCGCGCUGCGAAGACAGAAAAUCGCGACGAUGAACAUGUCCGUGGAGAAGAAGAAGUACCCCUCGGCGCUGCCGAUCAAUUGGGCCGCGAGGGAGGAACCGCCGAGGAAGAGUCAAAAUCAGUUGGCAUCCACGGGGAAGGUUGAUUAUUAUUACAACCGCGGUGUCAGGGUGAACGACGCGUCGCUGGUGCCGCCGAUCAGGCAAACUGCGUCGAUUUUCAAGCAGCCCGUGACGCUCUACAAGACACAGGAGGGAAAGGUGAAGGACCGCACUGUGGAGGGCAAGCCGAAGCAGGAAGGAGCUGCCGAUAAAACUGACGGCAAGUAUGGCUCCCAAGAUAAGCCUAAGCAGCUUUUCUGGGAAAAACGUUUGGAAGGUUUGCGAGCCUGCGACUCCUGCGGUUUGGAGUUUGAUGUGAUGGAUCUGCCAAAGAACUUGAAAGCAGUAGGACCGUAUAUCACGGAAGAAACAUUACUCCAAAGCGUGGCCACUGCGUUGCACGUAUCCACGCAGCCAGUCACGGGGCAAACGGGACCAAAGACAGCCUUGGAGAAGAAUCCUGGGGUAUUUCUCAAUCCUGAUCAGCCACUUGUACAGGCGGUCUCGAUAGCGGAUGAGGAUAUAAGGAGACAAGAAGAGCGAGUGGCUCUCGCGAGAAAAAAGUUACAAGAUGCCCUACGUGCUCUUCAAACCUAGAUAAGAGAAACUAUGCUUAUUACAUCACUUGCUCACCUUUUAGUUUUAAGUCCGUUAUAAAUUAUAUCGUACGUACGUUUUGUAAUAAAUCGUUUUAUAAAAAAA